GGCGGCGGGUUCCCAUCCUCUCCCUGAUGCUGAUGCUGAUGCUGCCGCACACUGAAGGGUUUAGGAGCCGUUGCUGUGGACGGAGAGAUGGGGACGUGAGCGGUCAUUGAGGGCGGCCAGGGUGCCGGUGAGCCCACCCCCCCCCCAUCUGCUCAGUGUGCGGGCUGAGCUUCAAUGGAGGACCACAUGACGGGGCACAACAAGGAGAAGCGAUAUGAGUGCAACGUGUGUGGCAAGGCCUGGCAGUGCCCGAGCCAGCUGGAGAUCCACCAGCGGGUUCACACGGGAGAACGCCCCUUUGACGGCUCGGAGUGCGGUAAGAGCUUCACCAGCUCCAGCCACCAGCGGGUGCACAGCAAUGAGCGACCCUUCACUUGCUCCAACUGCGGCAAGGGCUUCACCAAGUCCCACAACCUGCUGGUGCACCAGCGCACCCAUACCAGCGAGCGCCCCUACAUCUGCGCCCAGUGCGGCAAGGGCUUCACCUCCUCUAGCAAGCUGUUGCCCCACCAGCGCACCCACACCGGGGAGCGGCCCUACAUCUGCGCCCUGUGUGGCAAGGGCUUCACUCAUUCCAGCAACCUGCUGUCCCACCAACGCACCCACACCGGCGAGCGCCCCUACAAUUGCGCCCAGUGCGGCAAGGACUUCACCAGCUCCGGCAUAUUGCUGGUGCACCAGCGCACCCACACCGGCGAGCGCCCCUACACCUGCGGCCGGUGCGGCAAGGGCUUCUCCCGCUCCAGCAACCUGCUGUGCCACCAGCUCACCCACACCAGUGAGCGCCCCUACACCUGCGCCCAGUGCGGCAAGGGCUUUGCCCGCUCCGGCACCCUGCUGGAGCACCAGCGCACCCACACCGGUGAGCGCCCCUACACCUGCGCCCAGUGCGGCAAGCGCUUCAACCGGUCCAGUCACCUGCUGGAGCACCAGCGCACACACACCGGCGAGCGCCCCUACACCUGCACCCAAUGCGGCAAGGACUUCACCCGGUCCAGCAACCUGCUGGAGCACCAGCGCACCCACACCGGCGAGCGCCCCUACACCUGCAGCUACUGUGGCAAGGGCUUCACCAGCUCCAGCAAGUUGUUGUCCCACCAGCGCAUCCACACCGGCUAGCACCCCUACACCUGCAGCUACUGCGGCAAGGGAUUAAUCUGCUUCAGCACCCUGCUGGUGCACCAGCGCACCCACACUGGGGAGCGGCCCUACACCGGCACUUAGUGCGGCAAGCGCUUCACCCGGUCCAGUCACCUGCUGCCCCACCAUCACACCCACACCGGCAAGCGCCCCUUCAUCUGCACCCAGUGAGGCAACGGCCUCACCUGCUCCG